AAAGAUUUCGUGAUGGUCUCUUCGAUCGUCAACGAAUCGACAAUAAUGAAGUGGUUUUCCAAUGGUGAGCAGCUGAGUUGCUAUUGGAUCUUUUCAAACUCCGGUUGAAUUUACAUUUCGCAAUCAAGAUUCGUGAUAAUGGCACUCCUGAGACAAUAUUGGAAACAUGCACAAUGGAACUAUCUACGCAAGUUCAGUGCAUCACAGAUACCAGAAAUGCCAGCAUGCAACCACGAACCUUGUCCUUAUAAAGGCGAAAGCUAUGAUACAGUGAAAGCGACAACUACAUUGCACACAGCACCUUGCCAGGUACCUUUCUACAAAAAACCAUUGUUGAUACACGAAGGCUUUGGUCAGUGGCUCUGGGACCAUGAGGGAAAACGAUACCUUGAUAUGUUUGCUGGUGUUGCUACAGUAUCAGUCGGUCAUUCCCAUCCGAAAAUCAUUUCUGCUGUUCUGCAGCAAAUGAAUCGCUUAGGGCAUACAACGCCGAUCUAUAUGCAGCCUCGUCUACAAGAAUAUGUUAAAAAAUUAGUGUCAAAAAUGCCUGGUGACUUGUCAGUUGUUUACCUGGUUAAUAGUGGUUCAGAAGCAACCGAACUCGCUUUUUUAAUGGCUCGACUCUACACCGGUGCUCAUGAAAUCGUAUCAUUGAAGAAUUGCUAUCAUGGAGGUAGCCAUACGGCGGCAGCGUCCACAGCAUUGUCAACUUGGAGAUAUCCUGUGAACUCACCAUCUGGACAUAUUCAUGUUACUAAUCCUGAUGUCUAUCAUGGUCCUUGGGGAGGGUCAAGAUGUCGCGACAGUCCUAUAGCACCAGGUAACAGAAAAUGUCAGUGUACCGGUGGAACUUGCUUUGCCUCAGACAAAUACUUUGAGCAAAUAAAAGACGUUUUUAAAUUUAGCCUGCCAAAUAAUGGACGAGUUGCCGCUUUUAUUGCAGAGAGUAUCCAAGGUGUAGGUGGGACUAUACAAUUUCCAAGGUCAUAUUUAUCAAGAGUCUAUGAAUUUAUACGCUAUUAUGGGGGCGUGUGUAUUGCCGACGAGGUGCAGACUGGAUUUGGUCGUACUGGAGAAUAUUACUGGGGAUUUCAAGGCCACGGAGUUGAGCCCGAUAUUGUCACUAUGGGAAAGGGUAUUGGCAAUGGCUUUCCCAUGGGUGCUGUUGUUACGAGACCGGCUAUUGCUAACACCCUGAAGCAGGCGCUACAUUUUAAUACCUUUGGAGGAAAUCCCAUAGCAUGUUCUGUAGGCUCUGCAGUAUUGGAUAUUAUUGAAGAAGAACAGCUCCAGGAAAAUGCAUUCCAUGUUGGGACUCACUUAUUAGAAAGAUUGGGGGCAUUGCAGUUGUAUCAUCCAACAGUUAUUGGUGACGUGAGGGGAAAAGGUUUAAUGAUUGGUGUCGAGUUGGUUUGUAAUCCAGAGACCAGAGAGCCUCUGCCACCAUCUCAAAUGAUUGAAUUAUUCGAAGAAAUUAAAGACAUGGGUGUACUUGUUGGAAAAGGUGGCCUCCAUGCAAAUGUGCUGAGAAUUAAACCUCCUCUGUGCGUAACAAAAGCUGAUGCGGAUUUCACUGUAGAAGUAAUAAAUAAAGCGAUUCAGAAUCUCAAACACAGAUAUUCAUAUAAUGAGGAAUCUGUGUACUGCAAUGGUGUUUGACUACUUAAGCUUCUCAUUGUCUAACUAAACAGUCUAUCAGAUGAAAUAUUUCUGGAAGCCCGAAAAAUCGGAAUAGAUCUACUAUGCAUAGGUAUGCAUGUUUUUAUAUACUAUGUAUAUCACAACUUUGAGAAAUGUACUAAACAAUAGUUUUAUUGAUAUUCAUUUUAACACGAGGAAAAAAAUAUAUUUGAUUUUUAGUCGAAAAAAAUUUGCGUAUGAUACAAUUUGUCAAGAGAAAAAUAUCGCCAAUCAUCGUGAUACUUUUUCUUUCAAAAAUUAAUUAGUUCAGUUAUUGCAACUUCCACUGAUUAAAUCUAAUGUUGAUAAUUUUGUUCACAAUAUAAAUAAUAUCUAUGUUGAGUUCAAGAGUAAGUUUCGAGUACUAAUUAAAUUUUUUUAUAAUAAUGUAUGAUACAAUUUCAUACACUAGAUAAAUUGUUAUUUUACGCCAGUCAUAGUUUACGUUUGAGAGAGCGGUAUCUGCCUGUCAUCGUGGCAGAAUAGUUAACACUGAAGUUUGCAUCGAUUUUGGUGCGAGCAAUAACUCAGUCAGCUCCAGGAAUCGAGUCACUUCAAUGCAACUACAGUCUGUCCUUGUAAAGAAUCAUCAAUAUAUGAUCAGCUAUAUGUUGCAUACAAUAGUUAUAGCAAUUGAUAAAAAAAUAAAUAUUUUAUCGAACUAUAUUCACAAGAAAAAAUAGUCUGCAUAAAUGCACAUCCAAUUCGGUUUAAGUAAUAAUUAGGGGGGGAUACAUAUAUGGGGACUGUCAACUGAAAUAUUGUAUGAAAACCGCAUUGAAUUGUGGGUAGAAAAUUAGCGAUCACAAUAUAUUUGGAUAAUUAUACCUAGAUAAUUUGGCACGUUGAAAAAGUUCAUCAGUUCACCAUUGAUUUAAAACAGAUAUAGCGGAAUUUUACCACCAAUCUUUGUUCAAUGUUUGUAAUCGCAUUAUUUGGGUUCAAUCAAUGUUAGAUAAACAAUAACUUUGCUCUUCAUUUUCAACCACAAAUCAAUCGAGUCUUUGGCAUGAGGUUUUUAUCAGUUUGUCUACUGUUUAGAUAUCGAAAAUGCUUCAGUGGUAUCCAUUCUUAAUUCCACAUAAUUGUGUAUUACACCAAACUACUAGUAUACCAUAGUCGAGCCCUGAUCAAAAAUCAUUUUUGUUAGAAUAUUCCUUGUUUUGAUAUUAUCCUGUCGUUUUUAGGGUUUAUGCAGAGAUCAAAUUACCUCCCAUUGUUUUUAGUAUUGAUGAUCAAGCAAUGAAGUUGGAUAAAACCAUCUUUGAGUCAGGGAGAGUAUCAAGGAGAAAAUGUGGGGUAUCAGCCAUUGAUGCUAGGUCAGCUUCUAGCAAUGCUAAUUGUAAUUCUCUUCUUGCUUUUUGCACUAUAUAAACCAUAAGCGACACACCAAUGAGUAUCUG